GUACUAGUCUUGUCUGGCAAGAUUGGCUAAAAACCAAUGAUCCGCUACAAAAUUGGACAAUUUGAAAGGCAAAUGCGUAUUUUUAGGGUAAAUGUUUUAACAUGUGAGAUAUAAGAGGGCAAAGGUAUCAGCGGCAUAUGUUCAUGCGGGGCUGAGAUACAAUAUCGGCAUUACAUCAUGGAGGCUCGACCAUGUAUCAUUGUUCAUGGAGGCGCAUGGGCCAUACCAGACAUCUUAAAAGAAGCAUCGGUAAAUGGAGUCAAGAGAGCUGCCCAGAAAGGCUACGAUUGCUUAAAACAGGUAAAAAAAUAGCCUUCUUUUAAUCUCGAUUGGAUUUGGGGGGUUAUUACUUAUAUUUUCAAGUAAGGGAGCAUUACCUGGGGGUCAUUUUAACGAUAGUCUCUCCUUUGGAGAGACUAUGUUUUAACCAGCUUCAUGAAAAUUGAAAGAAGGUCAAUGCAGCAACGAAUGUGAAUUUCUAUAAGGGCACCUUGUUAAUGCAGAAAAUUAUUUAGGUGCAACCCUCAAAGUUAAAAUUUUUGUUCAGUGGCCAUUUGGCGAUCAGCUCUUUGGGUUUAGUCGCCAGGGGAAAUUUUAGGCGCCAGAUUAUAUUAAUAAAUUAAUAUAUCAAAAUUGUCAUCAACAAAAGCAGUUAGCAAGUUUAACUUAAAAUGCAGCACUGUCUAUAAAUUACUCGUUUAUUGUGCAAGGCAUUAGUUACUGAUAGUCUGAGAAUAAACGGAAUUGUAAAGACAAUUACCAUUUCCAGUUGUCUUUGGAACCUUCAAUCCUUCUGUAUAAUCCCCAGUUGGUAUAUGAGAGCAGAACUUAACUCAUCCUCUGUUAAUGUGUUCAAAAUUUCCCAGUCACAACUUGAUAGGCGACCUAUUUUUUUAUUCUGAUAUUUGUUUCGCAUUUCUUUUGCGACUUUUGUUGAUGAUGAACUUGUUUCCCCAACUAUCAAAUAUUUUUGGAGAUUUAAAAGGUCAUUUUUAAUAUCGCUAGACAUCGCGAAAGCCUGAAAAAGGCAGGAGAGUAAAGGAAGAUCAACAAGUUUUGUAAAUCAAAUCAUUGCUUUAUAGAGAUACGUGGAAAUUUCGCAACGAGUCGUACUGGGAAAAAAUGUUUUUCCCAAUCAAUUGAAAGGAACCCAAACAAAAAUGCCGCUUACAAAAUAAAAAUUUUCUUUUCCCUUUAUCAUCGCUACAGGUGUUUAAAAAAACCAUUUUUUGCAACCAGUUUUGCGAUGUUUAGUUUCGCUUACAUUUAUCGCUUUUGUUUACAAAACCACGAUUCAACUCGCAGCACGGUUCACAUGUUACGGUUAUGACAUAAUGUUCUGUGUUGAAUUUGCACCAAUUUAGCUUUCCCUCUUCAUGUUAUUAGAUUGUUUCAAUAUUGAUUCAAGAAUAUUUAUAAUAUGUAGUCCAGUUAAAAAACCAUGGAACUUGGCUUGACAAGCAUUCCUAAGAUAUUGAAGAAAUCGUCACUGUCGACAAGCAAGGUGCUUCGAGUGCGUGCCAUUUGUCACGUGUCAAAAGUUAAAAUGUCAUGUGCAAGGCAACAGACUGAAGGCGAUUUGGCGAACGAAUGCAAGUCAAGUUUCAUUGAUGUUCAUUCUCAAAACGCUUAGCUCUGAGAUUUUUUUAAGUUUUCAAUUUAGCAUGUUUUUCAGCGGAAAAGUAAAAACGUAAUAGAAUUCAAAUCAGCUAGAAUAAAUGUUCUUCAUAUUUCAGUAGAAGUGAUUGCCAUUUCUGUUUCUAUACGCCAACAUGAACCUAUUCUGCACGGUCGCCAGCUUGGCGACUAUUCUCGAAAUCAAGUCGCCAGUUCCAAAAUUUUAGGCGCCAUGGCGACUAAAAUGGUCGCAACUUGGAGGGUUGAGGUGCAUUUCUGUUGGUGUCCAUGUAUGCAAAAUAUGUUUGAUUGUAUCUUUAUAAAGUAUAUAUUGAUGGCUCACUGGCUGGGUUCAUCCUUGAGGGAAUGUAAAAUCAAAGACUUGAUUAUUUUUCAAUAACUCUUCGCUUUUCCCAGGGUGGGACUGCAGUUGAUGCAGUCGAAGGAGCUGUUCGCAUCCUAGAAGAUGACCCAACUUUUGAUGCUGGUCAUGGCUCAGUUCUUACAGAAGAUUUGACAGUUGAAGUUGAUGCAAUGAUCAUGGAUGGAUACUCACUGGAAUCAGGUACAAGUGCACUCGUUUGCUGGCUAAAUUGGGCGUGUCACAGUCCUCAACAUUUGAACUGGAAACAGAGACCUUAACUGCAAUAAGUCAUUAUCAGGUUUGCUAAUUGACUGAAUUACUGCCUUGAAAAUUACUGACUUGCCAAAAUUCUGCCUUGUUAGUCACCUUACUGACUGAACAACCCGAUGCUAUAGAUUUUUAUGAUUCUAUGGAAAGAAUGCAGCUAUUAUAGGUGCAAGGAAAGGGUAUUUUUUGGCUCGUGCAUAGCAUCAUUAUCAUGCUUUUAAGACAGCUACAGUAGAGCCCGGUUAACACAGACACCAAGGGGACGUGCCAUUAUAGUGUUUAUAUUAUUAUGUAGGUGGGCUGUAAGAGAAAAUGUCACAAACCAUGGAGCAAUGACUGAAAGUAAAAAAGCCAAUGAAAUGAAACCUGUGUAACAUAGAGCAGAGGGUCAAACACUGGAAGAUAGAGGGACUGAUCAAAAUCCUGAAAAAUCAAACAUCAAGUAAUUUUGGUUUUUUUUGGUAAUUAAAUAAUUGUAUUAACCUAUAGAAAUUUCAUUUUUUAAACAGGAUUCAAUGUUUAAAAUUGGCACACAAUGAAAAUAGACAGUGUGCAGAUACCAAGGUGUGUUCCUUUUGUGAAUCCAAAAAUGGAUAUUUGAUCUUAAAAUGGAUUUUUGAUCCUUUCGGCAAAUCAAAAUCCCAAUUUUAUAUCUGGUGAAUCCUUUUUCAAAAAAGCUCAGUUAGAUUUGAAAGCCAAAGAAUCCAAAUCCAGAUUAAUGGAUUAGUGAUCUACAUUGUGCCAUUCACAAUGGAUUCAAAAUUAGUCAGGUGACCCCGGGCCCUGCAAUAUUUCCAGUUGAAGUCAGAUAACCGUUGAGUUUCCCCAUUGUUCCUAUUUGCCAUAAGACAUCUGAAAACACUGGAAGAUUGUUCCAGGUACAGUAAAUCAUCCAUUUACCUACCAUUUGCAGGGCCAUUUUUCUUUAACAGGGUUUGUACAGGUCAUGGAGAACCUGGAAAGUCAUGGAAUCAAAGAAUUUCAUUUUCCAGGCCUGGAAGGUCAUGGAAUUUAAUUGUUGGUCCUUGAAAGUCAUGGAAAAUGAAAGUUCUCUUUAGUAGACUAGUUACUGCAAAGCAAGGACAACUUAAGAUCAAGAGGAGAAAUUAAACAGUGCGAACGGCAUGCAUUUUGGUGAACACCAGAGUUUGUGUCUGUUGAACUGUUUAAGGUAAACAAAAUAUGCUAAAACAAGGAAAGUUUUGAAAAUUUUUGAAAGUGAAAGCUAAACCUAAGGUUAUGGAAAACUUGGAAAGGUCAUGCAUGGAAAUAGUCGUAGAAAGUCCUGGAAUUUGAGGAGCUCAAAAGAGUAUAAACACUGUUUAAAGAUUGCGUAACAAAACUGAACCUACAACCUUUCCAUAAUUUUAAACUUUAUCUAGCUUCUUUCUCGUUUUGGUUAUGUUCCACUCCAUUGUUGCUAAUUCUAUAAGGCUUCAUUGCAUAAUUGGUCAAACAGUAGAGAACAAGUCAUUUCUUGAGAGGUUUCAUAUGGAAUACGUUUGCAAAAGGUUGCCAAGGUUACAGAUCCAAGUUCGGAUUUCGCAUUCCUUUCAGUCACAAAAUAGUGCAAAUCUAGGAUCAAAAAUCUGUUGUUGGAUUUGCCGAAAGGAACACACCCCUAGUGUCCGUAAAGUGAGGUGACAAUAUAUGAGAGUUUGUCACUAGGGUCACGGAAACGUGUCUGUCGUCCAUAUUAACCAGUGUCCAUAUUAAGGAGGUUCAUCCUACAGAAAAAGAUAUCAGUUUUUCGUUCGAGACAAAUGAAAUUGUCCAUUAUAUAUUGGUGUCUGUGUUAAGCAGGUGUGUGUAGAGAAGGGUUCCAAAGUAGCAUUCUUUUAGGAUUUCUUUGCAGGUAGCCUCUGCCUCUCAUUUUAACCAUGGCAGUGUGUCCUCUUGAUUGCCUCAAAAGGGACUGCUAGCACUCUACAUUCUCUACCUGUGUGCCUAUGUUUUGAAGAGUGACCGAGUCCAGUCACCUACCUUGGCAAUAAAGGAGGCUAAUAUCAAGUGGUAGUCUUAUUCAAUGGAAUUGAUUUAAAGUUAAUAAUUUUUUGUGACAGCCCAUAAUCAUUCCUUCCUUUUUGCGAUGCAUUGAUACCUGUAUUUUGUUGAGACUCCAGUAUCCCCCCCAACACUUACUGUAUUGUUGAGGGGAAAAUUUGUUCCUGGUAGGUCCUUGCUCGCUGGCUAGGUCCAAUCAUAAUGGAUUAACUACUUACAUUACUUCACUUCAUAAGAGUCGUGCACCACUUGGCAUAAGGUGAACAGGAUGUUUCAUCAGUGUGGAAAUGGAGGAAGUAGCACAUUAAUGAAGUAAAUACUGACUUAUCUUUGGUAUUGUUUCUAGGUGCAGUGGCGUCAGUAAUAGGAAUAGCUAAUCCAGUAUCCUUAGCACGUCAUAUAAUGGAAGACCCACCCCAUUCUUUUUUUGUUGCAAAUGGUGCUGUCAAUUAUGCCAACAAAAUAGGAUUCCCAGUUUUAAAUGACCCUCUUGAGCUUAUAAGUGAGGAAUCACGACUACAGUUGGAGGGUCACAAGGAUUUUAACAAUGCUGUCAUAAGAACUUUUAACACAGAGGUGAAGCAUGUUAAUGCGAGCCUUAAUGACCUUAAUCCUGGGCAUGACACAGUUGGUGCUGUUGCUUUGGACUCUUCAGGGAGAUUGGCUUGUGCAACAUCUACAGGUUAGGAUACCACAUUUAUAUUUUUACUCCUUAUAAAGACUAACUAAAAAUUCCAAUCACAUUUGGCAAAAAAAAAAUUGUAAUAUACACAAAAGUUCUGUGAAAGAGGAUUCAUUUGAGUGGUUGCACGACAGAAUUUCGUCCACAGAUUUAAAGGCUGAGUAAACGCCAUAAUGUCUUCAAGGAAUGUGUUAAACGAGCUGUGCAUGAACUUUAGCUAAAUUUAGCCCUGAUGAAAUGCACUACCUACAUGUAGCUCCGACUAGUCCUCCUGAUUGCAUUGGUCAUGCCACAACGGAAAUUUGUUUCAACCAAUCAGAGCAUUACCCAGAUCUGAGUAGGUGCAUUUCAUCGGUAUGGAAUUUCUGCAGUUGCUCCUCAGACGUCAUUUCGUGGGGACACCAGUGGUGGUGUUGCAAAAUGUCAGCUGUUUUCUCAGGCUUGUAGGAUGCUCUAACUUACGAAAGAAUUCACGCUGAACAGGCUGUCGUAAGAUUUCUUCAAAGUUGCCUUUCUCGUCAAACUGAUUUCACCCUAACUUCAUUUUUAGGUGGUAUUUCAUUGAAGAUGGCUGGCCGCGUUGGUGACAGUCCUCUGGUUGGCUGCGGGGGGUAUGCAAACAAGGAAGGGGCAGUGUCAUCCACUGGUCAUGGUGAAUCAAUCAUAAAGGUGAUGCUUGCAAGGGAGGUGGUCUACAACAUAGAAGGAGGGCAUCCCCCUGGACAUGCCUGUGUGAAAGCUCUUCAAAGCAUGCUUGACAGAGUAGGUGGUCAGGGGGGAGUGAUUGCAAUCGAUAAGCAUGGACAGAUUGGGAAGGGUUUUACUACAAAGCGAAUGGCAUGGGCAUCUGUUAAUGAUGAUAUUCUUAAGUUUGGUAUCGAGCCGAACGAAGAAAUUCUGGAUAAGACUUAAUGUUUUAUUUUCCUUGUGCAGCCUUGUCCUUAGUGCUUGCUUCU